GCGGGCGGCCGGAGCCAGCGCAGGGGGCCCAGGCCAGCUGCAACCCCCGCCGCGCUCCGGAGCACGCACCAUGGCUGGGGGCGGCUGGUUGUGCGGCUCCCGGGAGGGCUUCGCUGGCCUCUGGGACUGGAAUCAGACGUGGUAUACAGAUAACCCAAGCUUUACCCAGUGUUUUCAGAAUACAGUCAUUGCUUGGAUUCCCUGUGCCUAUCUUUGGAUCUGUUUUCCAUUCUAUUACCUGUUUCUUGAGCACCACAGCAGAGGAUAUAUCAGAAUGUCGCACCUCUUCAAAACUAAAAUGGUACUUGGAUUCAUAUUGAUAUUACUGUGUUUUUCAAACCUAUUCUAUACCCUUUGGGAAAUAAAUCAAGGAACCCUACGAGCUCCAGUGUUCUUCAUUAGCCCAGCAGUUCUGGGGAUCACAAUGAUCCCUGCAGUGUUUCUCACCCAGUUUGAGAGGCUGAAGGGUGUUCAGUCUUCGGGUAUCUUGUUGAUUUAUUGGCUGCUGUCAUUCCUGGCUGCUACUGUGACUGUUAGUUCUAAAAUUCAACAGGAACUGGAAGGGGGCUUCGCAGAGGACCCCUUCCGUCAUGUCACCUCUUACAUUUAUUUUAUCCUGCUGCUAGUAGAGGUCGUACUGUUCUUCUUUACCGAUUGGCCUCCCUUCUUCUCAAAAGCUGUCAAUGACUCUAGUCCGUGUCCAGAACUUGGUGCCUCUUUUGUUUCCAAAAUCACUUUCUGGUGGUUCUCUGGGCUAGUCUGGAAAGGCUAUCGGCAGCCGUUACAAGCAGACGACUUAUGGUCACUGAUGAAAGAAAACUCCUCAGAGGAAAUUGUUUCCCAGUUUGAAAGAGAAUGGAAAAAGUACUGUAACAGAGCCAAGCAAAACACAGAAUCCAUCAAGUACAAGAAGGAUCAACAAAGUGGAGCUGGUUUGGUUGAGACAGAAGAGACCCAGGUUCUACUGCAGCCAGAACAGAGUCAAAGUGAGCCACUGUUGAAAGCAUUUUGGAACAUGUUUGGAACCUAUUUCCUUCUUGGUACCCUCAGCUUAGUCAUCUGUGACGUCUUCUUGUUUUCUGUCCCAAAGAUACUGAGCCUUUUCCUGGAGUUCAUCAUGGACCGAGAAGCCCCAAAUUGGAAAGGUUAUUUCUAUGCAACGUUACUGUUCCUAUUAGCUUGCCUCCAGACUCUGUUUGAACAACGUUACAUGUACGUAUGUCUUGUACUGGGAAUGAGGCUGAAGACUGCAGUCACAGGCCUAGUGUAUAGAAAGAUCUUGGUCAUGUCAAAUGCAGCAAGGAGAGCAGCAACUGUAGGAGAAAUUGUCAAUCUGGUAUGUGUCGAUGUGCAAAGAUUAAUGGAUCUCAUUAUAUAUUUUAAUGGGACCUGGCUUGCUCCCAUUCGGAUCAUCAUCUGCUUUGUCUUCCUGUGGCAGCUCCUGGGACCAUCUGCCUUGACUGCAAUUGCUGUAUUUUUAAUUCUUUUGCCUUUGAAUUUCGUGAUCACCAAGAAAAGAAGUCACUUUCAGGAGGACCAGAUGAACCAUAAAGAUAACCGAGCAAGACUCACCCAUGCCAUCCUCAGUGACAUUAAGAUCAUCAAACUCUAUGGCUGGGAGAAAGCCUUUAUGGAGAAAGUACUCGGUAUCCGAAAGCAAGAGCUUCAAGCUUUAAAAAGCUCUCAGAUCCUCUUCUCGCUGUCUCUGUCUUCCUUCCACUCAUCUACAUUCCUGAUUGCAUUUGCCAUGUUUGCGGUCUACACCCUGGUGGACAAGCAGCAUGUCCUAGAUGCUCAGAAAGCCUUCGUUUCUUUGACCCUUAUCAACAUUCUCAACACUGCUCACUCUUUCCUGCCAUAUUCCAUAAAUGCCACUAUACAGGCCAAGGUUUCCUUAAGCCGUUUAGCUGCCUUUCUUAAUCUUGAAGAGCUGGAUCCAAACAACAUGAGCACAGUUACCUUGGACCACCUACAGAAUGGUAUCACCGUAAGAAAUGGAACAUUCAGUUGGUGCAGAGGAAGCUCUCCUUGCAUUAAAAGGAUAAAUCUAACCGUGCCCCAAGGCUGCCUACUUGUUGUGGUUGGCCAGGUGGGAGCUGGAAAGUCUUCCCUGCUGUCCGCGUUACUUGGUGAGCUGCAGAAGUUGGAUGGCUACGUGGCUAUUAAGGGCACAGUAGCUUAUGUCCCCCAGCAAGACUGGAUACAAAAUGCUUCCGUGGAAGAGAAUAUCAUCUUUGGAGAAGAGAUGGAUGAAAGCUGGUAUAACAGAGUGAUUGAUGCUUGUGCACUGCAGCCAGACCUGGAGAGCUUCCCUGCAGGAAGUAAAAGUGAAAUAGGAGAGAAGGGGAUAAACAUAUCUGGAGGGCAGAAACAAAGAGUGAGUCUAGCUCGUGCGGUGUACAAGAAGGCAGCUGUUUACCUGCUGGAUGACCCCCUUUCAGCCGUGGAUGCCCAGGUUGGACAGCAUAUUUUUGAACAUGUCAUUGGACCCAAUGGCUUACUGAAGGACAGGACUCGUGUUCUGGUGACUCAUGCAAUCAACAUUUUGCCCCAAGUGGACAAUAUUGUUCUGAUGGUGGAUGGAGAGAUUUCCGAAACUGGCUCCUACCAAGAACUUUUACAGAGAAACGGGGCUUUUGCAGACUUUCUCCAUUCAUAUAACAAUGCAGAAGAGAAAGAGGGUGAUUUACAAGCUGCAGGAAGCACCAAGGACAUCAUCGCUUCCAGAAAUGCCGUGUCCCCAGGAAAGCUCUGCAGAUCUUCUAUUAAGAGAGAUGGAGCCAAAGCCAUAAAUCAAGACUGCACAGCUGCUAGAGUUCCAAAAGAUGCAGGAAGAUUAACAGAAGGGGAGAAAGUUCAAACCAGCAGGGUCAGUAUUUCCAUUUAUCUGGACUACCUGAGGACCACAGGGCCUGUGAUCUGUUUGUACAUUGUGUUCUUGUUUGUGUGUCAGCAAGCUGCCUCGUUUUGUCGCGGUUACUGGCUCAGCAUGUGGGCAGAUGACCCUGUUCAUAACAGAACGCAGCAGCACACAGAGCUGCGAGUUGGAGUCUUCGGUGUUCUUGGAGUCCUUCAAGCCAUUGGCAAAUUCGGAUCAACUGCAGCCGUCCUGCUAGGAGGAGUGAUUGCAUCACACAAGCUCUUUCAGCAGUUACUGGAGAACGUUGCCAGAUCCCCGAUGAUGUUCUUUGAGCAGACGCCCAUCGGAAACUUGCUGAACCGAUUCUCCAAAGAAACAGAUGCCAUUGAUUCUGUUAUCCCCGAUAAACUGAAGUCCCUGCUGGGAUUCUUGUUCAGUUUACUGGAGAUCUACAUAGUUGUUAUAGUGGCCACGCCAAUAGCGGUGGUGGCGAUAAUGCCACUGACAGCGCUGUAUGCCGUGUUCCAGAACUUCUACGUUGCCACCUCCUGCCAGCUGAGACGCCUGGAAGCUGCGAGUCGCUCGCCCAUCUAUUCCCACAUUUCAGAGACUUUCCAAGGGAGCAGCGUGAUUCGUGCUUACAAGGAGCAACCGAGAUUUAUUUUACAGAAUGAUUCCAGAGUGGAUGAGAACCAGAGAACAUGCUUCCCUGGGGUCGUCGCUGACAGGUGGCUUGCUACAAACCUAGAGUUUCUAGGUAAUGGUAUCGUGUUGUUUGCAGCCCUGUUCGCUGUGCUUAGCAAAACACAUCUUAGUCCAGGGAUUGUUGGCUUUUCCAUUUCGUGUGCUCUUCAGAUAACAGGCAUUUUGAACUGGAUGGUGCGCUCCUGGACAGAAAUAGAAAACAACAUUGUUUCCGUGGAGAGAGUGAGAGAGUAUUCAAAAACUCCAAAAGAGGCUCCCUGGACUCUGGGCAGUAAUUCUGCAAGUCAGGCUUGGCCAACUGAAGGAGCAAUUGAAUUUAGAAACUAUAGUGUGCAGUACAGGCCAAAUUUAGAGUUCGCACUAAAGAACAUCAAUAUAAAAAUAAACGGGCAAGAGAAGAUUGGCAUAGCUGGAAGAACCGGAGCUGGGAAAUCAACUCUUGCCAUGGGGCUUUUGAGAUUAAUGGAAGCUGCAGAAGGCGAGAUCUUAAUUGAUGGAGUGAAUAUUGCCCAAAGAGGCCUCCAGGACCUUAGAGCCAAAAUAACUGUUAUCCCCCAGGAUCCAGUUUUAUUUGCUGGUUCUCUACGAAUGAACCUCGAUCCUUUAAACCAGGACUCGGAUGAAGCCAUCUGGACAGUUUUGGAACUGAUUCAGCUCAAGAACUUUGUAUUGGAGCUGCCUGAUCAAUUGAACCAUGAGUGCUCGGAGCGAGGGGAAAACCUGAGUGUUGGUCAGAAGCAGCUAGUUUGUCUGGCCAGGGCACUCCUGCGGAAAGCCCAAAUCCUGGUGCUAGAUGAGGCCACCGCAGCGGUGGAUCUGGAAACUGAUCUUCAGAUUCAAUCAACCAUAAGGACUCAGUUCAAAGAGUGGACCGUGUUAACAAUAGCUCACCGUAUAAACACCAUCCUAGAUUACGACAGGAUUUUAGUCUUGGAAAACGGUCAGGUUGCUGAAUUUGAUUCUCCAGGGAAAUUAAUAGCUCAGAAGGGACUAUUCUACAGACUGGUUGAAGAAUCAGGCCUUGUCUGAUUGUCACCCAAGGAACACACCAUACUACCAGCACCGUCUGAGAGAACAGAUCUGUUCUUAAUUCAGCUACAUCGGUUUGGCUAGAAAAUGCCUGAUACUUAACCAAAUCUGAUUUGAAACUGAACCCCAAACUACACUGGAUAUGUGAAGGGAAACUGCCUUGGUGUAUUUGGAAAAUGAUCCAUGUAUAUCACAUGCUAUAGCUGAGAUGAUGGCUACGGAGAACGAGUCUUGUUUUCACGUUCAGUCAUUGGAGUAUAUUAAAUUAUGGUUGCAACUGAA